AAAAGAAAGUAGCAAAACUGGAGGAGAAAGAAACAGAAGGAGCAACACCUCAAUCAAUAAUUAAUCAAGAUAUACUAUCAGCUGAUACAAAAGUGACAAUAAUUAAUGGACAAUUGAUAAAAGAAAUAAAAACAAACAAACAAUUAGAAGAAACACUAACAAAAGUGAGAGUAAAGGAAAUUCAACAACUUCUGUCUUUACCAAGAAAUACUAGUUCAGCAUCACACAGUAUCAGAAGAGGAAUGAAAAUGGAAAUAGAACAAUUGCAAUUAUUAUUAACAGAUAAAACUGGUUUACUGGAUCAGAAUGAAUCAUUAAGAGAUAUUAAGAGAGAAAUACCUGAACUACAAGAACAAAUAUCAUUAAUGAGUGUAGAUAUACUAAAUAAAACAGAAGAAAAUGAAAAAUAUAGAAAUAUGAUAAGAAUGAGUAAACCAACAUCUAAAUCUGUUUUUAUUACUUGUUGUGACUAUCAUGCAAUGGGGAGAGAUGAAAUAUCAUUCAGUGAGGGAGAGCAGCUAGAGAUAUAUGAGAAGGAAGAUAGUUUUUGGUGGAAAGGAAGAUCCUUGGUGUCUGGUGAUGAUGGAGACGUUCCUAGUAGUUGUGUUUACUCAAUGUUAGAGUCACUUCAAUUGUUAGAGUUUAUGCUGUCAGUGGAAGAA